CGCCGCGCGCAGCGCCUCGGCUGGAGCGCUAGGAACCGCUACCGGCGCCUCAGUCGCCUCAAUCGUUUCAGUAGCUUCAGUGUCUUCGGACUUCUCAGACUCAGUCUCUUUUGGCUCCUCCGCCACCGCCUGGAUCACACCGUCCCCACUCCCGAUCUCGGCCGGGCCUCCCGCGGGCUGGCCCGCGGACACGCUCUUGGGCUGUGUCCAGAGAGAGAAGAUCUUCACAUGGUUCCAUAUGGACAGUGUCCUCACCCUCGGGGGAAGCAGGUGGGCUGGCAGGACAGGCGUCCACAGGCCGGGAGAAGGAGACACUCCCAGGUAGUUGUGCUUCAAGACAAAAGUCAGACCUUCUGUAAAUCACCAGUUCCAGUUAUGAUGCUCUAAAUUACGACGAGUCUGAACAUUUGUGUCUAUGGAUCUGCUCUGACUCUUAGAGCCGCUUAUGGGGGAAGGAAGGUUAAAACCAUUUCAGCCUCCAGGUGUCUGUGUCGGCUAUACGUCAGUGACUGGUCACAGCAGAUUGCCAGUCUGUUCUGGGUUUGGAGAGGAGCCUACGGAAAUGACUCCUUUCACACGACUGGCAUGUCCCAGGCUGUGGUCGAGAGCAAGGCUGGUUAUGUAAACUGGAGCUGGGACUGACCAGAGUUCUUCAGGUGACACCAUCUGGGCCCCAUCUAUCCUUCCUCACGGCACCCUUGGCACCUUAACCUACCACCCCCAGCCGCAUUUUGGGAGAAAGAUGGAGUCCAAGGUCUCAGAAGGUGGCCUGAAUGUGACCCUGACAAUCCGCCUGCUAAUGCAUGGAAAGGAAGUUGGAAGCAUCAUUGGGAAGAAAGGAGAAACUGUGAAAAAGAUGCGUGAAGAGAGUGGUGCCCGGAUCAACAUCUCAGAAGGAAACUGCCCAGAAAGAAUCGUGACCAUCACAGGCCCGACUGAUGCCAUCUUCAAGGCCUUUGCCAUGAUCGCCUAUAAGUUUGAGGAGGACAUCAUCAACUCCAUGAGCAACAGCCCUGCCACCAGCAAGCCCCCAGUGACGCUGAGAUUGGUGGUCCCAGCCAGCCAGUGUGGUUCCCUGAUUGGCAAAGGUGGCUCCAAGAUCAAGGAGAUCAGGGAGUCCACAGGUGCCCAGGUCCAGGUGGCCGGGGACAUGCUGCCCAACUCCACAGAGCGGGCAGUGACCAUCUCAGGAACUCCCGACGCUAUCAUCCAGUGCGUCAAGCAGAUCUGUGUGGUCAUGCUGGAGUCCCCACCGAAAGGUGCCACCAUUCCCUACCGCCCAAAGCCCGCCUCCACCCCUGUCAUUUUUGCAGGUGGUCAGGUAAGAGCCGACCCGCUCGCGGCCUCCACUGCCAACCUCAGCCUUUUACUGCAGCCCCCGCCGCUGCCCGCCUACACGAUCCAGGGACAGUACGCCAUCCCGCACCCAGAUCAGUUGACCAAGCUCCACCAGUUGGCCAUGCAGCAAACCCCCUUUCCUCCCCUCGGACAGACCAACCCCGCUUUCCCCGGAGAAAAGCUGCCUUUACACUCCUCCGAAGAAGCUCAAAAUCUGAUGGGCCCGACGUCAGGUCUGGAUGCCAGCCCCCCGGCCAGCACUCACGAGCUCACCAUUCCCAAUGAUCUAAUAGGCUGUAUAAUUGGACGCCAAGGGACCAAAAUCAAUGAAAUUCGACAGAUGUCUGGAGCUCAGAUCAAAAUUGCCAAUGCUACAGAAGGGUCAUCAGAGCGCCAGAUCACCAUCACAGGGACCCCAGCCAACAUCAGCCUUGCUCAGUACCUCAUCAAUGCCAGGCUGACGUCUGAGGUCACUGGGAUGGGCGCGCUCUAAUCCUGCCCGGCAUCCUCCACACCACGAACCUUGGCGUCCACUUGGUUCACGCACCCUGUACAGACAGCCCACCCUUCGCCACAAAUACAAAUAGAGGUUUUCUUUACUAACAGAACGGUCUGUGCCGUAGAGGUUCACAUGUUGACAAAGCAAGUCUAUAUCUACAGCUGCCUGUGAGCUGCAGGCCCUCCCUGACUCCGCUCAUUCAGUAACUUCUCCAGUCUGCUCACACGUCGCAUGCAGUGCUUAUUCUGUUCAAUGCUUGGGGGCAUUCCCAUCUAUGACAUUUUAGAAAUAUCGUUCCUUAGUGUCAGUGUAACUGUUUUAAGAGUUGGUUUAAACAUUUCGACAGCACAUCCUAUAAGCCAUCCUCUCCUCAACCGUCUAGACCCGUGGCUGCCCCUCCCCUGGCCCUACCUGUGCACUCUCUUUCCCCGUGCAGCCGUGCUUGUCUUGGCCCACGUGUCCACGCAGGUCUCGUGCUGGGGUCAGGCUGUGUCCUUCCCCUUGUUCUUAGGGAAGGAAGGGAAGGUGCCAGGUCCUGAUCUGAGAAGUGAUGUGAAGGGGUGUGCUAGGCCCUGACGUCACAGAGAUGUCAUGGUGGGGGGCACACAUGGGCCCUGGCGGCUUCCCGGGUGGCUGGAGGGCAUGGACUGACCAGGAAGCUCCUCAGCACCAUGUUCGAGUUCAAUAAAUGUUGUGGGCUGUC